AUGGCGAUGGAAGAUUCUAAAAAGCGCAAAGCGGAAGGAAAGGACGCCAACGGUGGGUCAGGCUCCGGUCGUCACCACACCAGGUUCGAGGAUCCACCCGCGGCGCUCACGGCGCAUCAGGCGCGCAUGCUCGUCGACGUCAUGAAGGACGGCGACGUUCGCGAAGCGCUGGUGAGCGCGGCGAUGUCGCACAGCGACGUGGCCGACGCGAUCAUGGAGGUGGUGGGUCGCGACCGGCAGCAGCGGCGACUCUUCGUGCGCGGGCUCGACCUCAACACCACCGACGACACGCUCCGCCGAAUCUUCGAGUCCUUCGGGAACGUCGAGGACCUCCAGAUCAUCAAGGAGAAGGGGACGGGUCGCUCGCGCGGCUUCGGCUUUGUCACGUACCGCUCGCUGCGCGGCACCAUUCGCGCCUUGGAGGAGCCCUCCAAGCUCGUCGACGGGCGAAUGGUCGUCUGCCAGCUGGCGUCGCUCGGCCCAAGCGGCGGCUCGGCGAGCGCUGACGUGGCGGCGCGGAAGAUCUUCGUGGGGAACGUCCACGUGGAGCUGUCGUCAGAGCAGCUGCUGUCGUUCUUCUCGCAGUACGGAGAUAUCGAGGAGGGUCCGAUCGGAUUCGAUAAGAGCACGAGCAAGAGCCGCGGGUACGCGAUCUUCGUUUUCAAGACCGCGGAAGGUGCGCAGAAUGUUCUGCAGGAGCCGAAUAAGAUCAUUCAUGGGCAUCAGGUGUUUUGCAAGCUCGCCGGGGAAAACAGAGGCAAGCAGCAGCAGCAACAGCAGCAGCUGCAGCAGCCGGGGCUAAUGGGGCUACCGGGGGUAGUAUCGGAGGCGGAUCAGCAGCAGGGGUAUCCGCAAAUGGUGUUUUAUGGGGGGGACGCGCAAGCCGCCGCUUACGCCGCCGCAUACGCGCAGCAGGCGCAGGCGCAGCAGUUCCAGACGGUUCCGCAGCAGCAGCAGGUGUAUCAGGUGGCGGACGUGUACGCGCAACAGGCGCAGGCGCAGGCACAGGCGCAAGCGCAAGCGCAGGCGCAGGCGCAAGCACAAGCGCAGGGGCAAGUUGCGCUGCAAGCGCAGUACUACCAGCAAGCGCCCGCCGCCGCAGCGUAUCAGCAGCCCGUAGCUGGUUACCAACAACAGGCCGCGGCUGGUUACCAGCAGCCCGCAGGUGGUUACCAGCAGGUCGCAGCUGGUUACCAACAGCAGCCUGUGUACGUAACCCCUGCUGUUGCCGCCCCAACUCUCGCAGCCCCUCCCGCCGCCCCCCAAGCGGCGCAGAUGCAGCCUGCGCCUGCUGCACCUCCCCUUCAGGGUUACCCCGCGCAAGCGACGCCCGCGCAGGGCUACUAUGCGCCCCAGGGGGCAAUGCCCGCGCAAAGCGGGUACGUGCAAGCGGGAAUUGCGCCGCAAGUGGGAGUUGCGCCGCAAGGGGGGGUUGCGCCGCAAGGGGGGGUUUAUUAUCCGCUGCAGUCACAGGCGCAGGGGCAGGCUCAGGGGCAGAUGCAGGCGCAGCAGCAGGGAGGGAAAGGCGGCGCUGGGGAAGCUUCUCCCCAGCCUGGCGCAGCAGCAGCAGGAGGGGCUGCUGGGCGGCCUGGUUACCAGCUACAUGAGAACAAAGUCACUGAUCUUUUCAACACCUCCACCGACCGCGAUUAUCCAGAAUCUGUUCAAGUGUCUCUGCAUUUCGAGGAGAUCGUUGAUCCGGAAAUAGAUACAAACGAGACAGUGCCAGGAUCAGAGUCCGCUGUAUCCCGUACAACCUGCUGCAACGACACGGCCAAGCAUGGUGUCAAGAGUCAUGAUAGCUCGUUAGAAGAGAUCACCAUACUGUUGAGGAACAAGGGGAUCGACCUCAGCAAUGAAUGUUUCCACGUCCUUCAGGUGGAGUUGGAGCGGGUUGCAACAAUGACACCAAAGGCGCAACGGCCUCAAGAAGAGGGUUUGUUGGAGUUUCUUGAGAAGGCUGUUGGAACAAACAAGUACAUCGAGCAGAUCAAGGAACAAGCCCAACGGCUGGAGGAUCUGAAUGCGAGAAGGGUGGGCUUCAUGGAACGAAUGCAAUUAGCGGAAAAAGAAAAGGACCAACUGGAGGAGCAAAAGAAAGCGGCUGAAGACUUUCUGCUGAAGGAGGCGCAGCACACGCAGCUGAACAUGGCGGCAGUGGCAAGGAAUGUGCUCAAGCGUUACGCGGUGCAACUGUCAUGCCAGAUCUCACACAUGCAGGAUCAACGUGUGUCAGACGAGGACAUACAAGAGGCAGGCCUUGUUCACACUUUCACCUCCGAAACUCUGGGCGAGUGGUUAGAGGCAGCAGGUUGGGAGUCCGCUUUUAUUGAACUAGAGGCUGAGGCUGAGGCCGCAAAGGGGAGUGAGACAGAAGAGGUGCCUGAGACUGCAGAGGGGAGUGCGACCGCGGCACAAUGCCAAGUAGCCGAGGCUGUGGCAGAGGCAUCCAAAGAAGAUAUGCAAAGACUCGAAAGGCUGGUAACCUGGCUGUGUGGUAACCGCAUGAUUGCAGAAGCUACCAACGAUGAGAUGGAGUCAAAGGUGCAGUCCUCGGCAGAAGAGCUCGUGACGCUCCGGGAAAGAGUCGACAUGGGCUGCAUUGAUGAGUACAACAAAAAGGAGGACGUUUACUUGGAAAGGUUCUUGGAAGCAGCCGAUGUGACGCUGGAGAGGAACGCUGUGAAGCAAGUGCACGAGGGGCUGAUAAGUCGUCGGCAGAAAGAGUUCGCAAUAGGGCUUGAUGCUAUCAGGACGCGGGUGAAGGAGAUCUACCAGACCUUGGCGCCAGGUGGCGAUGCUGACUUGGCACCAGUUGACCCGCUUGUCCCGUUCAGCCAGGGGAUUCGCUUCUCUGUGCGCCUGCCACAGCAGCAGUGCUGGAGGAGCGUUGCCGACCUUGAUGGACGAGAAAAGACCCUCAGCUCCCUGGCAUUGCUGUUAGCGGUGCACUUGUGCGUUCCAGAGUCGCCCAUCAUUGCCGCAACUCAAUUGAGCCAGAGUCUUGAGAAUCAGAUGCAUACUGGCUGA